AUGAAGGUCGUUGCUGUGAUAGGUAAGUCAGCAUCGUUUGUAGGUUCGUAUUUUACUUAAGCAUGUACUGUAUGUUACGUUAUACUAUUUUUUGUUCAUUUUUUUUCAAAAUUUUUAAAUGUUUUAGUGGUGUACUGUAACUUUUUUUAAGUUUUCUAGCCAAAAAAAAUAAAAGUCAACAUUUUUUAGCAACACUGACAUCAUUGGCCUACGCCAACUACGGUUAUGACCAGCAAUACCCUCAGCAUCUUCAACAUCAUUAUCAUGAUCAUGGGUACCCUCAACAGUACCCCCAGUACCAACAGUACCCUCAACAUCAUCAUCAUGAUCAAGGAUACCCACAACAGUACCCUCAAUACCCACGACAACAGGUGAUUAACCACGGUGUACCAAACUACCCAAACCCUGAGCCAAACAACCCAUAUGGUCCUCACGAUGGUGACUUUGGUUAUCCUCAAGGUCCUGGCGGGUACGAUCCGUACAAGCCGUAUAGUACUAAAAAAGCUUGUACUAGUACUACGGCUGAUCCUGGAUCGACUACUAGUGGUUCUACUGUAAGUGGUGAGACUACAGUAUCUGGUGCUUCUACAGUAUCUGGUGCUUCUACUGUGAGUGGCGCUUCUGCAGUAUCUGGUGCUUCAACAGUAUCUGGAGCGUCUACUGUGUCUGGAGCUUCUACAGUAUCUGGAGCCUUUACUGAAGCAUCAACUGCCAACACUGCUAUUGAUGCAGCUUCUCAAACACCAUCUUCUGAUGCUACCACAUCUUCAUCAGAAUCUCUUGAAUCCACGGUAUCUGUUGCUACAGUAAGUGGAUCUACAGUAUCAGAAUCAUCUACAGUAUCCGGAGCAUCUACUGAAGCAUCAACAUCCUUUACUGCCAUUGAUGCGGCUUCUAAAACACCAUCUUCUGAUGCUACCACAGUGUCUUCUGUGUCUACCGUAGCAAGUUCAGAAGCCUCUACAAUAUCCCGUGCAUCAUCUGAAGCCUCUACAGCAUUUACUGCUAUUGAUGCGGCUUCUAAGACUCCAACUUCUGAUGCUACAACGGUUGCACCUGGUCUUGAUGAGAGUUCUACUGCAGCUACAACUGAGAAUGGUGGUAAGCCAGGUCCAGGUGAUCAUUCUAAACAUCCUCAUGAUCCACAUCAUCACACUGAGAAGCCUGGUCCACAUGACCCUCAUCACCCUACUGAGAAGCCUGGUCCACAUAACCCUCAUCAUCCUACUGAGAGGCCUGGUCCACACCAUGACGACCCAGAAGAAGAUGAAACCGAUGAUAAGGAUGGAGCAGCCGAAGUUGACAGCGCUGCUUCUGCUGAAGAUGACUCUCCAGUCGUCGAUCCAGAUGAAGAACACGGCAAAACCCUCGACCUACCCACUAUCAUCAAAAACAAUCAAAAAGCCCUGUUCGGUCGACAAAUCAACGCCGCUGUAUCCGGAAACGGCAGUGCCUCUGACUGGAAACAACCGGCUGGCACCAAGACAAACUUUGGAAUUAACUGGCCCGGUGUCAAGUCCAUGUGGGACAAUGGCUUCAAAGGCAUCAACGUGAGCGCAGCUGGUGAUAAGAAAUGUGUUGCUGAAGCUGGUGAAACUUCAUUGAGUAUUUUUAAUUUGGGAAAGACCUUCCCACAUGAUCCAGUUGCAAGGUGUGGUAUCAAUGGCAAAGGAGAAGUUGUCAUCAGCAAGGGUAGUACUAACAAAGUGCCAAGCUUAUGGUUGCCUGGUCAGUACUCGCUUUCUAGGUAAGGAUAAGAUUUUUUUGUAGAUUUUUGAGCAGGGCGGAGUAAAAAAAAAUAAACAAAAUUAGAUGGCUCAAAAUUAAUUGAAUAACUUAAAAGUAAUAAAAAUUCGUUUUCAAGUCAAAUUUCAAAUUUUAAAGCUAAAAAAUGAAAUUUCAGUGUUGUUGCGAGAGGACGAGGCUGCUUCCGCGUCAGAGACUUCCAAGCCACCUUAGUCGAUGGUAGUGUUUGUAAAAUAGAUUUUGAAGCAACAAAAUCGCUCGGUAUUAAAGUCUUCCCUUACUGUGAUGGAUCAGGUAAGCUUUUAGUUAUUUAAAAAUUUCGAAACUUCAAAAUUUUAAAAUUUUCAAAUAUUCAGAAUUUUUAAAAUUUCAAAAUUUAAAAUUUUUACAUUUUUUUGUGCCAAUUUGAUUAAAUUUCAAUUUUUAGCUUGCAAGAACAUUCUUGUGUUCCAACACAAGAACGACAAGAUUUCAUGCUCAAAUGGCAAGACCUACUCUUAUGCUGCUCAAAGGACUCUUCAUAUUCUGAAGCCACUUGGUGAUGAAUACCCAAUCGUUGAGUCUUUGUCGUGUGGACCAGCUCCUAAGCCAGCCGAUCGUACUCAUACUCCUAGGGUUUCUUCUGAUGGAAGUAAGAGUUUUUUUUAAAUUAAUUUUUGUGCUAAAACUGAAUUUUUUAAAAAUGUUUAUUAGGUAGUUCAAAUAAUUCUGUGCUCCCCCACAAAGAAAGAAUUUGAGGUUAGGGGGGCACAAUAAUAACAAAACAUUUUGAAAAAUAAAAAAUAUUGUUUUAGUUUGUCCAAUUCCAAAGAAAUCUGCUGUCCUCUUCACUGAUGUUAAGUAAGUGUUUUUUUUAUUUAUUUUUUACAGUAAACAUACGUACAGUAAAAUCUCUUUACUCUUAUCCUUGAACGUUUGACACCUUUUUUAUAAUGACAGCUUUCUGUCCGCUCUUCGUAAUAGAAUAUUUGCUAUCGAAAAGCAUCUUUAUAGCAUUACGUUUUUGUACAUUCUAUUUAUACAGUACUCCCUCUAUAUAAGCAACCCAAAGGGAUCGGCAUUUUGUGUUUACUAUAGAGGGUGUUGCCUUUACGGAGUAAUUUUUUAGUGCAAAUUGACUCGGCAGGGCCAUAUUUCUUGUUGACUAUAAAGAGAGUUACUUAUACAGAUGGUUUACUAUAUAGAGAGACCACUGUAAUGGCCCUUCUAGUCUUUUAAAUGUUAUAGUAAAAAGGUUUUACUGUAUAUACAAAUUAAAUUUUUUUUUAAUUUACGGAAACUUAAGGUUUUGUAACAGAACUUGUGGCGCGCCCUGUAUUUAUAUUACGUUAAGCAAAAAGUUAUAAAAUAUUUUAAUUUUUUUUAAGUUUACAACUAGAUCUGUAAUAAAAGCCCCAUUUUAGGUUUGCCAACAGUGGUCUUCCAAAAGGAGAAUGUCUGUGCAACAAGACGCAUAUUUUGGGUUACGAAUCAUUCAACAACAGUCUGGCUAAAAAGUGGCACGAUUUCCAACGUCCGUCUUAUUUGAGCAUGUAAGUUAAGAUUUCCAAGGCCGCUGAAAAUUACACUGGAACUAGGGCUAAUAUUAAGGCUAAAGCUAAAAAAUAAAAAAAAAGUUUAAAAAAUUUUAAAUUUUGUGUGUUAAGGCCAACUUUUUUUUUCCAUUAAGACAACUAAGGGAUCAAUAGCUAUUAAAACGCUCAUCACUGUACUGUCAUUUAUCUUUAAAAAUUUAUAUUUUAUAUUAUAUUGAUUUUAUGUUAUAUUAUGACUGUACGAGUGAAUUUUUGAAAAUAAAUAAAAUAAAUAAAUUGCAUAAAGAACACAAAAUUUCUAGCAACCCCCAACACGCCUGCCCCAAACGUCCAGCCCUCUGCUUCUGUAACAGUGUCACCAAACAGUGUUGGCAAACUGGUACUCCACGCAGCUCCCAGAUCAUGCUAACGCCCUUCUGUAGCAAACUCGGAUGCUGGUUCAAUCUUUACCUUAAUGUUUGUGGUACCAACAACGUAGGAUGUCAUAUAAUCGACCGAAACGAUCACAAGAAGAUCACGAUUGACACUUUUAAAAAGAGAAAAGCGACCGGUAAAUUGAAUGCCAACUUCCCGGUGGUUGAUACAGCUUCAUGUGGAUGUGAACAAGCUUUGAGUUUAGUUGAAGGUGAAUGUGCCAAGGGUAUCUUGGGACUGUGA